CAAAUUUGAUGCUUCAAUUUCCAAAAUAUGAACACACUCUGCAAACAACUUUCUUUUCAAAGGAUAAGUUAGUAUUAUAGGAUAAGUUAUAAGUAAUAGCUAACGAUAGUAGUAACUAAGUAGGAUUAAGUUAGAAGUAAUAACUGUGGUUUUAAUGGCACAGGUGAGUAAAAAUGGUCGGUGCCAUCACUGGCAAUGAGGGCUGACCUCUGAACAAUCGUAACAUCGGCCCGGACCUAGUGCUGCAGAUUUCUUAUGUAGACUCUGAGUUGCACUAAGGGGUCAGGAGCCACCAGUUUUGGAGAAAGCUCUUGUCAUGUUUAUGAGUGCUUGAAAUCCUGCUCUCAUUAUUUCUUGCUUUAACCAUAGCAGUGACUGCCUUAAGGUGAACUUCCAGCCUCUAGUUUUAUCUCUUUGAAUUCAUCCACACUUGCCAAAGUAGACCUACUCAUGCUGCACUUCAAAAUCUUGUCGCUGCUCUUUUGCCUAUGUGAUAUGUAAAACCGGUAGAUAGUGUGACCCCACUUACAUUUGCUACCUCCUCUCCAGAGCUUGUUGCUUGCAUAUUGCAUGCUUUUGCAGUCUUUGUCUCCUUGUGCUUGGUCUUUUGCCUGCAGUGCUGAUUUGUAAAUUCCUGCUUACCUUGCUAGACCCAAGUCCAGUGAUCAUGCUUUGUGAACACAUUCCCCUUCAGGACACUUGGCAGUUGCUAUGUCUUAUCAUCCACAGCAUGUGUGCAUUUGUUCUUGAUGACCUACUGUAUGCCAGGCAUGGUGCUAAGACAUUGGCGAGAUUCUGCACUCCAGGAACUUGGCAUAGUACGCCUCUGUUACAGCACUUAAGUUUUGGAGUAAUUAUUUGUAUACCCUUCACAUGGAACUCUUUGAUGCUAAUGACUAUUUCCUCUUCAUAUUUGCAUCACUUCUAUUGUUAUUAUAGGAUAACAAUUUAAAAAAUAUAAUUUUAUUAUAUCUGACAUUUUCUGAACCAGAGUUUUUUGGUUUUUUUACCCCCCUUUUUCAGUGAUGAGUAUGUAGGAUAUAUAGUCUUUGGUCCUUUGUCUUGUCAAAGUGAUUGAUUCUUUCAUUCAUUCAACAAAUAUCUGAGUGCUUACUUUGUACCAGUACAUGUUUGAAGCUCGUGUGUGUCUUUGGUAUAUAAUUUGUAACUUUCAGACCAGCAAGUUCUAUAUGUGCCAAUAUCUUCUUAGAUUUUAAUGUUUAAACUGAAAUCUACCAAUAGCUAACAUUUAUCUUGGGCUUACUAAGUGAUAACUAGAUGCUGUUCUUGAUAUGUUGAUGAGCCAGUACUGUUUGACUCUAGUUCUCAAAGCAACUCUAAUCAAGUGGCGUUACCGUUUCUUGGUGUGCACGAAGACAACGCAAGCAGUUGAGGAAAUUGCUAAGAAGUGUGUACUGGGGAUGCUUUAGGAAGAGACUGAAUGCCGAGGCGAGUUCCAGUCCAAAGGUGUUUAAUUUACCAAGAAGAAAGUGAACAUCAUGGAUCAGAACAACAGCCUGCCACCUUAUGCUCAGGGCCUGGCCUCCCCUCAGGGUGCCAUGACUCCUGGAAUCCCCAUCUUCAGUCCGAUGAUGCCUUACGGCACAGGACUGACUCCACAGCCUAUUCAGAGCACCAACAGUCUGUCCAUCUUGGAGGAGCAGCAGAGGCAGCAGCAGCAGCAGCAACAGCAGCAACAGGCGCAGCAGCAGCAGCAGCAGCAACAGCAGCAGGCUCAGCAGCAGCAGCAGCAGCAGGCAGUGGCGGCCGUUCAGCAGUCAGCAUCCCAGCAGGCGACGCAGGCGGCCUCGGGCCAGACACCACAGCUCUUCCACUCACAGACUCUUACCACUGCACCCUUGCCGGGCACCACUCCCCUGUAUCCCUCCCCCAUGACCCCCAUGACCCCCAUUACCCCCGCCACGCCAGCCUCUGAGAGCUCUGGGAUCGUGCCGCAGCUGCAAAAUAUUGUAUCUACGGUGAAUCUUGGCUGUAAGCUUGACCUAAAGACCAUUGCACUUCGUGCCCGAAAUGCUGAAUAUAAUCCCAAGCGGUUUGCUGCUGUUAUCAUGAGAAUAAGAGAGCCCCGAACCACUGCACUAAUAUUCAGUUCUGGGAAAAUGGUGUGCACAGGAGCCAAGAGUGAAGAGCAGUCCCGACUAGCAGCAAGAAAAUAUGCCAGAGUUGUACAGAAAUUAGGUUUUCCAGCAAAGUUCUUGGACUUCAAGAUUCAGAAUAUGGUGGGGAGCUGUGAUGUGAAAUUCCCCAUAAGGUUAGAAGGCCUCGUGCUGACCCACCAACAAUUUAGUAGUUACGAGCCCGAGUUAUUUCCUGGUUUAAUCUACAGAAUGAUCAAACCCAGAAUUGUUCUUCUUAUUUUUGUUUCUGGAAAAGUUGUUUUAACAGGUGCUAAAGUCAGAGCAGAAAUUUAUGAAGCAUUUGAAAAUAUCUACCCUAUUCUAAAGGGUUUCAGGAAGACGACAUAAUGGCUGUUAAUGUACUCCUGCCUCUGCACCCACUUGUUCUUUUUUUAAAAAACAAAUCAGUUUUGGUACAUUUAAAUGGUGGUGUUGUGGAGGGUCCCAGUUUGGUGAGAAGAUGGGCGUUCUGUGGGUUGCAGCACCAGGUGAAGCUCUCCGGCGUGCACUCCCCGUGGCGAUGCUGGGAAGUGGUCUUCUGCGCAGAGAACACUGCAGCAUUAUGUAAGUUGCUCGUACUGUGCUGCUGUUUGAGUUGUGCUGCCUGUUUAUUUAUAUUUAGAUUUUAAACACAUACUGCUGUUGACAAGUUGGUUUGAGGUACAGAACUUCAAAUGUUAAAGCCACCUGUGCAGUUGAUUGGACUUUUUCUUUUAAUUUCUUCCCCAUAAACCAGUUUUUAUAUUUCUACCAGAAAAGUAAAAAUCUUUUUUAAAAGCGUUGUUUUUCUAAUUCGUGACUCCUAGGGGUUAUUUUUGUGCCAGACACAUUCCGCCUUUUCAGUAUUGCAGGACAGAAUAGAUGUAUUAAGGAAAACAAAUGGCUGUACAUAUUUUUCUUCCUUCGGAGUACUCUGUACAAUAAAUGCUGUUUAUAAAAGUGUUAGAUUGAUGUUAUAAAUGAUACCUUGUAAGAUUCAUGUGACCAUACUGGUAAAGUUUGUAUUUAGAUAUAAUUGCCUGAAACCA